AUGGAUAUGGGAAACCAACACCCCAACAUCAGCAGGCUGCAGGAGAUCCAGAAGGAAGUGAAGAGCAUCGAGCCCCAGGUGGUUGGCUUCAGCGGGCUGUCCGACGACAAGAACUACAAGAAGCUGGAGAGGAUGCUGAUGAGGCAGCUUUUCGAGAUCGACUCCGUGGACACGGAAGGGAAGGGGGACAUCCAGCAAGCGCGGAAGCGGGCAGCCCAGGAGACCGAGCGCCUCCUCAAGGAGCUGGAGCAGAACGCCAACCACCCGCACCGGCUCGAGAUCCAGACCAUCUUCCGGGAGGCGCAGGCCCUGGUGCGGGAGCAGAUCGUGCCCUUCUACAGCGGCGGCAGCCGCGUGGGGGAGGAGUUCGAGGAAGGCCUUCAGGACGUGGUCCUGAGGCUGACGCACGUCAAGACGGGCGGGAAGGUGUCCCUGCGGAAAGCCCGCCACCGCACGCUCACCAAGAUCUGCGCCGUGCAGGAGAUCAUCGAGGACUGCGUGAAGCGGCAGCCGUCCCUGCCGCUGUCCGAGGACACGCACCCCUCCGUGGCCAAGAUCAACUGCGUGAUGUGCGAGGUGAACAAGGCCAGGGGCACGCUGAUCGCCCUGCUCAUGGACGUGGCCAGCAACGAGACGUGCAAGCACCUGUCCUGCGUGCUCUCGGGGAUGAUCGCGGACCUGGACGCGCUGGACGUGUGCGGGCGGACGGAGAUCCGCAACUACCGCCGCGAGGUGGUGGAGGACAUCAACAAGCUGCUGAGGUACUUGGACUUGGAAGAGGAAGCAGAUUCGACCCACGCGUUCGACCUGGGCCAGAACCAGUCCAUCCUGAAGAUUGAGAAGGUCCUCAAGCGGAUGAGGGAGAUUAAGAACGAGCUGCUGCAGGCGCAGAACCCCCCCGAGCUGUACCUGAGCGCCAAGACGGAGCUGCAGGCCCUGAUCGGGCAGCUGGACGAGGUGAGCCCCGAGAAGAACCCCUGCAUCCGGGAGGCGCGGCGGCGGGCGGUGAUCGCCGUGCAGACCCUCAUCACGCACAUCGACCUGAAGGAGGCGCUGGAGAAGAGGAAGUCCUUCGUGUGCGAGGAGCACCCGUCCCACAAGGCCAUCUGGGCCGUGCUGGGCCACCUGUCGGAGAUCCUGGGGGAAGUCCUGCUGUUCGACGGGAACCGGACGGACAAGAACUACAUCCGGCUGGAGGAGCUGCUCACCAAGCAGCUGCUGGCCCUGGACGCGGUGGACCCGCAGGGCGAGGAGCAGUGCAAGGCGGCCCGGAAGCAGGCCGUGAAGCUGGCCCAGAACAUCCUCAGCUUCCUGGACCUGAAGUCGGACGAGUGGGAGUACUGA